AUGUACCUCUUUCAACCACUCCUUCCCUUCCUCCUCCUAACCCUAACAGCCUCCUCCCCGAUCCCAACCCCUCUCACCCACGACGCAACAGCAGUAAUAAACGAUCUCAGCAAAAUAACCACCGACCUAUCCACCCUCACACAAAGCAUAGUAGCCUACAACGGCGGAAUCCCCGCAGCGCUAGACAUCCAGGUUAAAGAAAUGGCCGUAGAAAGGGACCUCGAGCAAGCGACGAGGGACACUACCGCUGCUACGCCGUUCACAGUGAAUGAGAGUGCUACUACGACGAAAGCUCUGUUGGGGUUGGAGCCGGAUAUUCGGACUGCGCUUGUGACGUUGGUUCAGAAGAAACCUCUCGUCGAUGAAGUGAGGAUAGGUUCAAUCGUGAGAAUGAAUCUAGUCAGCCUUAGGACCAAGACUGGUACUCUUUCUACGGCAUUGCAGAAUAAGGCGACUGUGGUGGAUAGGGAUACACUUGCUACUAAGACGACGGAGUUGAAUGCCGGCUUUGAUAGUGCUAUUCAGGCUUAUUCUUAG